GGCGGAGAAAGUUUAUUCAGUCAUUCAGUAUAGUCACUAUUGAGGUGUUCGUACCCAUUAAUUAAAAAAUAACGUUAUAUUAAACGCUGGCAAAUACCCCAACAGUGCUGAAAAUAAGUCUUUGUAACGAGUUUUGCACAUUAUUUUGAAUAAUGGGUUCCUCAAGGCAUAGGGAUCGAAGCAGGGACCGCGAUCGCGAUAGGGGACGUGAUCGAUCUAGGGAUCGUGACAAAAGGAGACGUAGUAGAGACAGGGACCGUGAUAGGGACAGGCAUCGCGAACGUGAUCGUGAACGAAGGGAAAGGGACAGGAGAUCCAGAAGCAAAAGUGAAAGCAAAAGCAAGGGCCGCGAAAAGAGCCCCGAAAAGACUUCAGAGUUUGAUGGAGAAAAGUUACUGGCCGAAACUUUGGCCACCAUUGCAGCCUCACGAAACUUUGCGUCCCUAGUUUGCCAAAAAGAGGCAAAUGAGUCCAGUGGAUCGCAGUAUGGGGAGGAAACCGAGGAAGAAAGACGUCGUAGACGUAGGUCUCGUUGGGCAGGGGGCGAACAUGAAAAAAUUUUUAUACCUGGACUUCCCACUAUCCUCCCCAGUAACCUGAGCAAGGAACAGGAACAAGCUUAUUUGCUUCAGCUGCAGAUUGAAGAAGUGAGUCGCAAACUACGUUCAGGAGACUUGGGGAUUCCUGCCAAUCCGGAAGAAAGGUCCCCCUCACCUGAACCAAUUUAUAGCAGUGAUGGCAAACGAUUGAAUACAAGAGAAUUCAGAGUUAGGAAGAGAUUAGAGGAAGAAAGACACAAUUUGGUUCUCAAAAUGCAACAAAUAAACCCGGAUUUCAAGCCCCCCGUAGACUACAAGCCGCCUGUCAUUCGUGUUAGCGAUAAGGUGAUGAUUCCGCAAGAGGAGCACCCAGAAAUUAAUUUCGUAGGUCUCCUAAUUGGACCCAGAGGAAAUACUUUAAAGACAAUGGAAAAAGAGACGGGGGCUAAGAUCAUAAUACGGGGCAAAGGGAGCGUCAAAGAGGGUAAAGUAGGGCGCAAAGAUGGUCAGCCUUUGCCAGGCGAAGACGAGCCCUUGCAUGCUUAUAUUACAGCAACCAAUCCCGAAAAUGUUAAAAAGGCAGUUGAAAAGAUAAAAGAAGUUAUUAGGCAAGGAGUAGAGGUUCCCGAGAGUCAAAAUGACCUUCGUAGAAUGCAACUGAGAGAACUGGCCCAACUAAACGGUACCCUUAGAGAAAACGACGGUCUGAGGUGUAACAACUGCGGAGCCACCGAUCAUAAAUCAUGGCUGUGCCCAGACAAGCCAAACAUCACCAACAACAUUGUUUGUUCGAGCUGUGGGGCGGCUGGACAUAUAGCGCGCGAUUGUCGCCAGAAAAGACCCGGCCAAGGUGGCCCACCUGUUGUUGGCGAGAAAGCAAAAAUCGAUGAAGAGUAUAUGUCUUUAAUGGCUGAAUUAGGCGAAGGUCCACCCCCUCCUGGCACAACCAAUGCCAACGGAAACGGUAUGAGUGCGACGCCUCAACGCAAAAUGAACACAGGCAUUAACAUGUUCGAACAACAAAUGGCCCCGCGACCAUUAAUGCCACCCCCUCUAGCUAGCGGCGGUCCUAUGAUGCCUCCCAUGGCCAACGGAAUGAACACAAUGUGUAUGCCACCACCACCUCCGUGGGGUGCUGCGCCAGGUAUGGGUUGGCCACCGGGUCCCCCGGGAAUAAUGCCCCCACCGCCACCGCCCGGAGCUUCGAGUCCGCCCCAAAUGGGAAUGCCCUGGAUGCCACCACCCAUUGUAAACAAUCAACCGCCUCCUCCUGGAGCUUCGAUAGUGAGCACGACCGUAACAACAUCUUCAAACGCUACGGCGUCUACAACCAUCCCCCCGCCAGUAAACAUGCCCCCUUGGCAACCUGGAGCACCGCCGUUUGGUUGGCCGCCAACUAAUUUAGCCGCUCCUCCGCCCCCGCCCGGUAUCGACGUGAGCACAUUGUUAACUGCUCCGCCACCCCCACCCCCUUCAUCGUAAAAGAACAACCGCAACUAAUUUUAGAUUGCAAAAGAUUAAAAUAAAUGUAAUGUAUUAACUUUAGUUUCAUUGUAUCAGUUUGUGUUUUCAUGUUAAUUAAACUUUGUAGGUGAUUUCUUGUUAGUGAAUAUAGGGUGUACUUUGGAAAUUUAUUUUAUUAUUGUAUGUAAUUCCUUUAAUACUUCAUGUAAUAGAAGUAUAAAUAAAUAAAAUGAUUCUAAAUUA